AUCCAUGUUCAUCAAAUCAUUAUUCUAAAAGUAAACCUUUCUCUUGUUAUUCUUGUAUUGAGCAUCUUGCAGUAAUGGCAAUCAAGGUUCAUGGACUCCCUUUUUCGAUAGCCACACAAAGAGUUCUUGUAACUUUAGCAGAGAAAGAACUUGAUUAUGAGUUUGUGUAUAUUGAUUUAGCAACUGGCCAGCAGAAGACAGAGGAUUUUGUUAAACUCCAUCCAUUCGGUCAAGUACCAGUCCUUGAAGAUGGAGACUUGACACUCUUUGAAUCAAGGGCAAUAGCUCAAUACAUUGCUCACACAUAUGCUGAUAAGGGAAACCCGCUGAUAACCUCCAAUCCAAAGAAAAUGGCAAUCCUUUCAGUAUGGACAGAGGUUGAAGCUCAGAGAUUUGAUCCUCAAGCCUACAAACUUGCCUACGAGCUAGUAAUAAAGCCCAUACUCGGCCGUACAACCGACGAAGCCAUUGUCACGGAGCACGAAGGCAAACUUGCCGAAGUUCUCGACGUCUACGAAGCGCACCUCACGCAAUCCAAGUAUUUGGGAGGAGAUUCAUUCACAUUGGCUGAUUUGCAUCACUUGCCAGUUAUUAACUACCUGAUGGGCUCUAAAAUUAAAGCACUUUUCGAUGCACGCCCUCAUGUGAGUGCUUGGUGUGCUGAUAUUCUGGCCAGGCCCGCUUGGCAGAAGAUUAUUGCAUUGAUGAAGCAUUGAAGGAUUCUGAUUGCUAGCCACUCAUGAUGAUGCUGGAAUUUGUUUGCGUUUCGUGUCUCUUGGUUUUGGAUGUUUGAAUGUUUGAUGAGAAAAAAAGGGAACACUUUGUGUACUGUGAUGGCCAACUCUUUUUUUCUUGUCCAUUCUUAAAUGAAUAAAGAUUGAAUUGGAAUUUCUACGUUCAUUCA